AUGGUCUCCAACACCUUGACCUCCGCUCUCGUGGUCGCCGUGCUGUUCCUCGGAUCGACCUCCGCCUACGAGCAGAAAGACGGCGCCCUCGGAAAACUCAACGGCAGACACGGCAUCGUUCAAUGCAUCUGCUACACCGACGCCUCCAACACCCAAGUGCACUACGAGGACACCAAGAAGUCUUGCGAGAACGUCCCCAACGGCAUGCAGUAUCCCAACGAUCCCGAUUUCAUCGGCGAAUGCAUCUUCUUCAGCUACGAAGACCGCAAGACGGCAACGUACAAUUUCUGGCCAUGGUGCUCGUCGGGCUAUGACCAAUGCUGCAACACGCAGUACGGCGAGACAGAAACCGGGUGCGGCGCGCUCGGUCCCAAGGACCAUCACCCACCACCCCAAUGGCAAAACAGUGGUCAUCACCCACCAGGCGUUGGCCAACACCCACCGCGCUCUGACUCGAAGUCUCCCGCUCUGGUCCGCUGA